AUGAAUAUCUUCAGAUCGGUCUCAAAUUCUCACCUGCCCUUACAAUGUUAUAGCAGUACUCGCACAACCAUUCAUAGAAGGAUUCAUGGAGUCGGCAAGCGAUGCCUGUCAAAUAUUGCUCGAAAACCUUCAACUGCUCAGAAAAUAGGGUUAAUAUUUUCUGUUACCAUAAGCAGCGGAUUCUUAAUAAAUUAUGCUGGUUAUAUGGGUAUGCUUCAUGCAGAAGCUAUCCAGUUACCGACGGUGGAGGAAUCUGAUCAACUUCAAGCAAAAUCUCUUCAAAAAAGAGGUGAUAUAUUGAGCUCUUCGCAAAUUCAAGCCAUGAAUGGAUGGGAAUAUCCUGGAGUCUAUGCGUGGGGAAAUAAUACUGGUCGUGUUAUUGAGGACUCAGAUGAGCCUUUCGUCAAAACGGCUAAACGGAUACCUUAUUUUGAUGGGAAACUAUUUCGCGAUAUGAAAUUGGAUCAAAACUUCGGGGCAGCAAUUGCUGAGAACGGCGAUUUAAUCCAAUGGGGAAAAGAAUUCUCUUCCGAAAACUGGAGUCCUUCGCUAACACUUCGAGGAAAGGAUUUGAUAAAAUUGGCAAUAUCAAAAGAUCGCAUUCUCGCUCUCUCAUCAAACGGAGAAGUUUAUUCAAUCUCACCAAACCAAACAGACCAGAUAACUGAACCACAUCCAGAAAAGCGCCAGUGGUUUCAGUUCUGGAAAAGCUUUUCAGACGUGGGAUACCGAAGGAUUGAACCAAAAAAUCUUUCAUGGGGAGAGAAAAUUACAGACAUCAGCAGUGGUAUGGAGCACGGUCUUCUUCUGACCUCUAAAGGGCGAGUCUUCUCCGUUGCGUCUGCAUUUAGUGAAUUUCCUUCUAAGGGACAACUUGGUAUUCCUGAUCUCACAUGGAAAACAAGGCCAACGGGCCAUUUUGACCAACCUCACGAAAUAAAGUCUUUAGAUGGUUUCGAAAUUACCAAAAUUGCUACUGGUGAUUAUCACUCUCUAGUUCUAGACAAAGCCGGCAGAGUUUUUUCGUUUGGGGAUAACUCUCAUGGCCAGCUAGGAAAUGACCUCAAUUCCUCAACUUCUACUAUUGACGUUCCCUCUCUUUUACCUCUCGAAAAAUUAUAUAAAGGAACAAAUAUGCUUCAAAAAGUCAGCAACAUCGCAGCAGGAGGCAAAAACAGCUUCUUCAUGAUCGAUUCAAUCCGUAAAGCAGAUAAGUCUGUUGGUAGCUCUGCUCGCUCGACUCGCAUUACGGCUGAUACAUGGUCAUGUGGUCAGGGUAUCCUAGGCAGCCUUGGGAAUGGUCGCUGGACUCAUAUUCAAGACACUCCAACUAAGAUUAAUUCUCUCUCAGGCCUUUUUGAGUAUGACGAAGAGAGAAACGUGACUAUUCCUAUCCGCGUGGCUAAAUUAUCUGUCGGGGCUACACAUGUGUCUGCUGUUCUAAAUAAUAUUACCAAUGUUCAAACUGAGAACAAAAAAAAACCCGCGAAUGACACUGUCUGGGGUGCUGAUGUACUAUUAUGGGGUGGGAACGAGUUUUACCAAUUGGGGACAGCGAAGAGAAGCAAUUCAUGCCAACCAGUUUCGAUUAACCCACUUGAUACUAUUGUAAGUAAAGAUAAAGUCAAGAAGCAUCGCUUCCAGAUUAUGCCUCCAAGGAAGACUCGUUGGAAUAAUAUGAAGUCUUAUGUAGAGCAAGAAUUAGAAUGCGGAAGAGGCAUCACUGCUGUCUAUUGGAAGGCGUAA